UCUUUGCCUCCUCUUCUCUGCCUCCUCCUCCUCCGCCUCUUCUCUGCCUCCUCCUCCUCCUCCGCCUCUGCUCAUCUCCUCGAGACAUCGUCUCCUCCGCCUCUCCUCCGCCUCUCGCGCCUGCACCCCCGCCGCUCGUUCCCCUGCGACGCCAGAAGCCCUCUGCAACAGAUCCGAGCCCCGACGCCCCAACCCGCUCCUGCUCUGCUCUGUCUCACCAAAAGCCACCAUCGCCCCGCGAGCUCAGCAACGCCGCUCGCGAAUCCGCCCCUUCGCCUCAUCCAGAAGCCCUCUGCAGCAAACACCGGAGCCGCUCGAGUUCGUUCGACGAGGCCCACGACCGUGAAGUGCGAGCUUAGCAACGCUUUCCUCGCGAAUCUGCCCCUUCGCCUCAUCCGAAGUCCUCUGCAGCGGACACCGGAGCCGCUCGAGUUUGUCCGACGAGGCCCACGACCGUGAAGUGCGCAAAGAAGCAUAACUACCCUUCUCCUCCCUUUGGUUAUACGAGACAGGGUGUUUUUACGGGUAGCUCUUCUUCGUGGAACAUUUUGCACAAUUUGGCGUACGGCAAUUUCUUGUCUCAGCAGACACUUGAGCCGCUCGAAAUCAUCCGACGAGGCCCAGGACCGCGAAGUGCACAAAGAAGCAAAACUACCUGUCUCCUCCCUUCUCUGGUUCGUGCUGAUUCCUCUUCUUUUUGCAUGAGUUCGUGUGCUUUUUUGCAUAUGAAUCUUAGGAUUGAAACUGGGUUUGCUGCAUGUGGAUAUGAAUAAGAGAUUGGAGUUGGUUUUGCUGCUCGUGGGUAUGAAUAAGAGAUGGGUAGAUUCGCCUGUCUUUGAAUUUUCUGUCAAAUGCCGUCUCUGUUUCACUACUGGUUAUUAUGAACAAAUAGAUGGGACAUUGAUUGGUGGGAAUGGUUUUUUUUUUUUUUGCUUGUAAUAUAUGGUUGCUUGUAAAAUUUUAUAUGAGGAUUAUUCUCUUUUUCCUUGAUGUGAUAUCGACAUCAAAGUUUACGUGCUUGAACCGGUAUACCAAUUGAUAUGGCUCAUUUGAUGCUCAAGUAGUUAAGGUUAAAUGGCUUCCCACAAAGAAGUUUGUAUGGCAAAGUGGACUGAGCCUUUGACCAAUGAGCUUGUAAGCUUGUUGGUAACAGAGGUAACAAAGAGAAAUCGCAUCACUUCUACCUUCAACAAAACAUGAUGGAAUAACAUACAUGCCAAAUUCAAUAGCGGAUGGGACUCAACUUUAGUAUAAUUCAGUUGAAGAACAUGGUCAACAAAUUGAAGAAACGGUAUAGUAGUUUCAAGAAACUUUUGUCACAAUCUGGAUUUGGAUGGGAUAAUAUAAACAAUAAGGUUGAUGUGGAUGAUCAAAGUGUGUGGGAGUCUCACAUCAAGAAUAAUAGCGAAUGGGCUAAAUUCAGAAAUGAUGGGUUUCCUCAGUAUCCUGAUUUAAGUAUCGUGUUUGGUGAUACAUAUGCUACUGGGAACUAUGCAUCAGGAAAUGCAGAAAAAGUGGUAGGAUAUGCUGAAGAAGUGGUAGUGUCCUCUGAGAGAGAUGACAAUGGUGGUGACAAUGGUGAUGGUGGUAGUGGUUAUGCAGUAGGUGAUCCAGAGGAAUUUGAUGAACAGCGUUUUGAUGAGGAGGCCUUCAUACCUGAUACGACUACUACCUCAAAUCUUAAGAAACACAAGCAUGAUAGGACUCCAAAUUCUAAGAGGAGGAGGAAGAGUACCAUAUAUAAUGUUAGUGACACCUGCAAAGCCAUUCAAGAAAUGAUUAAAAUCAGGAUGGCUCAACCAACAAGUGGCUCUGUGACCUCAGAUGCCCCAUCAACUGUAGACCCCUACUCCAUAGCAGUCGUGAUUGCCGUCUUAAAUAGUAUGCCUGAUUUAGAGCAGAAUAUUUACAACAAAGCUGUGAACCAAUCAUGUCUUCAAGCUAGUUGGAGAGAGGCUUUUAUCACAAUGCUACUUGAAAGGAGACGUGGAUUUCUUGAAUCUCUUUAAACAGAUGUUGAGUAGUAUGUUAUGGAUUUAUAUAUUUUGUUUAAUUUCACUCUAUGACUUAUGAUUUGAGAUACUUUGGUCUUUUUAUGAUGCAAUUAUGAAAACUUUGUUGCUAUUUUUUAUUA